AUGAGCGGAAUCGAGUUCAUCGUGGCCACCGUCCUUGCGUUGGUGCCCAUCGCGCUCGAGACAUACGACCGCUCCGGGAGAGUGUUCGAGGUGUUUUCAGUCUCUAAGCAGUAUCCAAGAGAGGUCCUCGCUCUCGAAGUGAAGCUUUCCGCCCAACGGACAAUCUUCCGCAAUAAUACCAUCAACCUACUCACGGCAAUAACAAAGGACAGGGUCAGGGUACAGGAGGUCAUGAACAAUCCCUCAUCACAAUCCGCCAGAAUGGGCUUGGUCAUGGCCACCGUCUAUCAACACCAAGUGGAUGCGCUCGAUGAGUCUUUCGUGGCAUGCCGUCAAGUUGCAGAGCAAAUACAUAACACUCUGCAACUACUUUGCCAUCAAUCCGACGCUUUUCGGGCCGAAGUGGGCGAUAAGCAGGAAGUACGUCUUCGCGUCAACUCUCUACAGAUGGCAGGACUAAUCAAGCAGCAGAAGAUGAGCACUUCAGAAUGGCUGAAGCACAUCAGAACCCGCUUCAAGCUUGGUCUGAACAUGCCUCAGAUUAAAGGGGCCAUUGAGGAGCUACGGGAUUCCAACAGAGACUUUGGAUUGAUCACCGAGCAGAUCACAAAGGCGCUGCAAGAAAUCCUAAACGAGCACAAGGGUGACGCCGCUCUCACUCACAAAUCGGCGAGAAGCCUCAACAUAUUACAGAGAUACCACCGAGUCCGGUACGCCUCCAAAGCUUUAUACUCGACCCUUCAGGUGCGAUGGAUGUGCACGUCUCACCGCUCGCACUCGUUUGAUGUGCGCAUCCUCGACUGUGAUGCAGCCAAAGGCAAAAAUUCCCUCGCUGAAUAUGUCACCUGCGAGCUCGCCAUCACACACGACGGUUCAGCGUUUACCUCCGGAGGGCCACUCCGGCUGGAGAUCGAGCAAGCCUGCGAAUCAGACGACGAAGAUACAAGUCCCAAGAAAGCGGUUAAGGACAAUCGAACCGUGCAGCAGCUGACUACAGUCCUUGAGACCAACGCGGAACGAUUCAAGUUAGUAAAGCCGACUCCUUCGACAACCACGGUUCGGAAGCUUUUCAAGGGCUUCAGAAAGGACAAACAGCAGCAGCCGGGGCCCAGCACCUCCGGCCCCCAACUACCGAAUCCCCCAAAAUCUCUCACUGAGCUCCCCGUCGACAAAACAACGAGUAAAUUUGCCAAAUCCAGCUCUUUCUCGGAUCUGUCACUCGUCGACGACUUUUGCAAGAAGUUCCACAAAGUCUCAACAGACUGCCUAGACCGAUCCCUACUCGGAUCCUGGAAAGGCCCUCAUGCCCAAUGGUUCUGCACCCCGCCAGCGCCUCAGACCGCAUUAGGCACGUCGCAAUCCAUCUCCGAUAUUGUUCACUGGAUUGCCGAGGAACCGGUCCUGCGCUCACUCCCACGCCCGCUGCUGGUCGAGCUGGCCGGCAGUAUGGCCGAGGGCAUCAUGCAGUUCUACUCUACGCCGUGGCUAGUUCCCACAAACCUAGGGCAGACCUUGCGGUACUUCAACCCGGGUGAAUCGUCCACUGCUGCAAUUCAAUUAAAAGGGCCGUACUUCAUGGCGCAGCUGGAGUGUAAGCGGGCUAAGGGGAAGAUGCCAGUGCGCCCUACUGCUACAGGACCUCUACCUGCAGGUGAGUCAGCGCCACAGAACCGCGAGAAGAGAACGAUCGACUUCACAGAAGCGCGAAACAAGCUGCUCUUCAACUUUGGAAUUCUACUCCUCGAGAUCGGGUACGGCCGACCCUGGCACGAUCUUAAGCAAAGCGUCGCCAAGACGCCCCCAACUAGGACGGCCGUUGAGGGGAAGAAGAAAAUGCUGUCCGACUACCAGGCGGCAGAGAAGCUGGCGCAGCUGCUCGUCAAUCAGAUGGGGCUGACGUACCCCAAGAUCAUCAAGAAGUGCCUGGGCUGUGACUUUGGGCUGGGCGAGACGGAUCUGGAUAACGAGGACUUGCAGCGCCGGUUCUUGGAGGACGUGGUGUCUGGUUUGCAGCGAUUGAGGGAUAAUAUGAGGGAGAUGAAUUUUGCGCCUCCGGGUUAG